AUGUUACACAAUGUUACAAAACUUAGUUUUUAUCGAAGAAAAGUGUUUCACUUUCUGCCAAAUGUACGAUGGACGGCUAGAAGAAGCCUGAUUACGCCUCCACUCGAACAAUCAGAAGUUGAUGUAGCUCUCAGUACCGGGAGAAUAUUAAAAAUAUCAUCUGGAAAGUAUGCACGAUUCGCCGACGGGUGUUCCGUCGUCACGAUAGGCGAUACGGCUGUAAUGGUAACGGCGGUAGCGAAACAAAAGUCACAAAAUGCCUCGUUUCUGCCGUUGGUGGUGGAUUAUCGACAAAAGUCGGCGGCUGCCGGUCGUAUACCGACUAACUUCUUGCGCCGUGAACUUGGUCCCUCCGAGAAGGAAAUACUAUCGGCACGAUUAGUCGAUCGUUCGAUAAGGCCCCUAUUUCCGGCUGAGUUCCGGUACGAUACACAGAUCGUUUGUAAUAUGCUGGCAAUCGAUUCCGCAAACCCACCGGAUGUGCAAGCAAUAAAUGGUGCAUCGGCUGCCCUCGCCUUAAGCGAUAUCCCCUGGAAUGGUCCGGUAGGAGCGGUUCGCGUAGGUCUCGUAGACAGUGAGGUAAUCAUCAAUCCGACCCGCAAAGAGAUGCAACUGAGUUCGCUCGAUCUGGUCGUAACGGCAACGCGACAAAACCUGGUCGUCAUGCUGGAAGGUCGAGGGAACGUUGUGAACGAAAACGAGCUACGUAUGGCCAUUAAGAAGGGCACGAAAGAGGCACAGCUUAUCGUAAACGGUAUCGAGCGAUUGCAGAAGACUUGCGGAAAAGCAAAACGACCACUCGAACCACUUCCGGCAGUGGAUGAGGAAAUCCAGAGCGCCGUCCGGACAAUGUCGGAAAUGAGACUGAGGGAAAUAUUUCGAGACUAUUCACACGACAAGUUUAGUCGUGAUCAGGCAGUCAGCAAGACACGCACCGAUACGAUCGAUAAGGUUUGGUCGAGCUACCCGACGGCCGAUCCGAGUCUAAUAUCCGAGACGUACAAUAAGUUCGUCAAGAGUGUGUUUCGUGAGAUGCUGCUUGAAGAAAGCCGACGCUGCGAUGGUCGAGGACUUGAUGAUUUGCGGAAAAUUAGUUGCUCCGUAAAUCUGCACAAACCACUGCAUGGUUCAGCAUUGUUCCAGCGUGGUCAGACGCAGGUUUUCUGUACUGUUGCAUUGGAUUCUCCGGAAAGUGCAUUACGGCUUGAUCCGAUCGCAUCACUCGAUAGUGGAAUGAAAUCAAAAAACUUUUUCCUUCAUUACGAAUUUCCUCCGUACGCGACGGGCGAAACCGGCAAAAUCGGUCCAAUCGGUCGGCGUGAAAUUGGACACGGUGCGCUCGCUGAGAAGGGUCUCGUACCAAUUAUUCCAAACGAACAUCCGUUCACGAUAAGACUUACCUCCGAGGUGCUGGAAUCGAACGGUUCCAGCUCGAUGGCAACGGUAUGUGCCGGUUCGAUGGCACUGAUGGAUGCAGGCGUUCCUGUACAGGAAGCGGCCGCCGGUGUAGCGAUCGGAUUGAUCACAAAGUACGAAAACAACGAUACGAAACAUCUGGAAGAUUAUUGCAUACUGACGGAUCUGCUCGGCAUUGAAGAUUAUAUGGGUGAUAUGGACAUGAAAGUGGCAGGAACACGACGCGGUAUGACAGCAAUACAGGCUGACAUUAAGGUGCCGGGAAUACCUUUAAAAGUAGUGAUGGAAUCACUACAAAAAGCGAUGGAAGCAAGAUUUAAAAUUCUAGACCUGAUGGAUGAAUCGAUCAGUACGGCCCGUACUGUUCGGAAGGAUUGUUGGCCAGUAACGGAUCGAUUGGUGAUCGAAGCACACCAACGCUCAAAACUACUCGGUCCUGGUGGAACAAAUUUACGAAGACUUUACCUCGAAACGGGCGUACAGCUAACGUCCGACGAUGAAACAAGCUUCCGGAUAUUUGCGCCAUCUGAGGCAGCAAUGCACGAGGCGAAGGAAUAUCUGGAAAACCUGUUGAAAGCUGAGAAGAUACCGGAUCUGGAGUUUGGUGCGAUCUACACAGCCCGGAUAGUGGAGCUAAGGGAUACGGGCGUGAUGGUUACGCUGUAUCCUUCGAUGCCACCAACACUUCUUCACAACUCACAGCUCGAUCAGCGCAAGAUUGCUCACCCGUCUGCGUUAGGCUUGCAAGUGGGUACAGAAAUACAGGUUAAAUACUUUGGACGCGAUCCAGUCUCGGGCUAUAUGCGCCUGUCGCGGAAAGUGCUACAAGGACCAGCUACUGCCAUGAUCCGGAAUCUCGAUCGUCCUGCCGCAGCCGCUGCCGGAACUAGGAGUGGGACGAAUGAAACAAACGACGGUGUCGAAGGUGUGAAAAGUUAG